AUGGCAACUCUGGCAACAUCCCUGCGCCGCGCGCCGCCACGUCUAGCGCGUCACCUCGCCACAGAAGCCUCCACGGCAUCCGCCGAGUCCUCCUCGUCACCAGCUUCUGCACCAGCGCGUCGACGAAAAGCCGGCGCGUCAGAGGGCAAGCCCCAACUGCGCACCGCCGUAAUAUUGAAUAGAACGCCUAUUCUAACGCGCACCCCAACGCCGUUCGAAAACGCGUUCUACAAAUACCAACAGCGGAUCCAACGCACGUUCCACAACCCCUUCCCCUACGACUUCUACUUCAAGCCCGGCUCCAUCCUCGAGUCCCGCUUCAUCCUCGAGGAGCGCGAGCGCGAGCGCGAGGCAUUCUUCCCCGGCUUCGGCGCGGACUCCAAGUGGGCGCCCACGCCCAAGGUCAGCGAGGAGGACUUGAAGAAGUUUGGGAGCGAGGAGGACAAGGCUAUGAAGGGGCGGAGAGGUGAGAGCGAUGAGAAGGGCGAUGUGAGGAGCUUGGAUAGGGCUGGGGAGAGGAAUUUGUAUCUGGUGUUGAGGAAGAGCGUUGGGGGGAAGGAGGCGUGGAGGUUCCCGGAGGGCGCGGUUGAGGGCGAGGAGUUCUUGCACGAGAGUGCCGAACGCAACCUCCGAGAAGAGUGUGGCGAGAACAUGGACACUUGGGUCGUCAGUCUGAACCCCAUAGGUCUCGUCGCGCCACCAGCAGACGCUCCCUCAGCACCCAAAACCAACUUGUUUUUCUACAAGGCACACAUCAUGGCAGGCCAAGCGCGACCCUCAGACGCCUCCGACUUCGCAUGGCUCACGAAACAGGAGAUCGAGGCGCGUCUGAAAGAGGAUGCGGCAUAUUGGGACAGCGUGAAGGAUAUGCUCUCAGACUUCUAG